GCUGGAGAUUCUAUGUUCUGCUCUAGAACGCGCACUCUAUAGUUCGAAGCUGAAAGUUCAUUUGAAAGAUUUGAAAUAUGAGGUAGAGGUGUAAAGGCUUGAGGUGGGCCGAUUUGCGAUGUUAAUUCUAACAAUGUAUUAAGUUUCAGACAAUGUGAAUUUAGAUGCGGUCAGGUGUCGGAUUAGAUGCCAGUUGUAACUUCACUCUGUAGUAGGCAAUUCUUCUCAUUAAUGUAGUCUUUAAUCGUGACAAUUUGCGAAGUUAUUGUGAAUACAUACGCCAUGGCUGUCAUCCCAAAUCAGGAUUACUGGUGUGCACUAACUGCUAGAGAUUUUACGGUCUUUAGUAGUGGCAAAGUACAAAUGUUGUUAGCAUCGGAAAUGGAUGAAAAAAAUGCAGUCAAGAUAUUGAAACAUUUGACACAAACUGUUACGCAAGGAGUUAGUGAAGGAUUUCAUUAUGAUGACAAUGUUCUAGUAUCAGUCAAACACCUUCUGGAAUACAUUAAGACUCAGUCAUCUAGUGUUGAUUCUUCCAUUCUUUCAUGUGUAUAUUAUGUUUCCAAAUACUUUUUGAAGAGGGGUGAAGUUCGAAUGGUAUUGGAAUUAAAACCAUUCAUGAAAGAUCUUAAAAUGGAAAUAACAGAAGAUGUUUUAAAAGUUUAUUAUGGCUUUUUUUAUGAAUUAUUCAUGUUUUUGAAACAGCGAAAUAAAACUUUGUGCAUGAAUACUAUAUUGAAGAUUCGUUAUGACUAUCUGGAUGUUCUUUCUUGUUGUAACAUUAAGUACUUGGAUGUAUUGCUAUUGGAAGCUAAUCAUUUUGUGUAUGGCGAGGAAACUAUAAAUCAGGCUCAAUGUCUGGAAUAUGGAAUACAUUUUUUGAAAGUAGCCAAAUGUAUCAUUAGAGAAUGUACAGUGGUUGAGAAUUGUGAAAAGAUUUGCGGAAAUUAUACUCGAUUUGUGACAAGUCUUCUAAAUAACAUCCUUGUUAGCAAAAAUGGUGGUUUGCUGGCAGAGGUUUUGAAUGAUGUGGAGGUUUUUGAGACUUCAGAUGAAAGUUACAAUAAAAUUAUAUCCUUUUUUGUUAGAGGCGUGAAAGCAAUAUUAGAUGCCAAUCUGCCUGUUGAUAUGAUUCAACAACAGACAUCUGCAUUGCAGCAUCUAAUACAGGAGGAAUCAGUUUCUGUUCUUAUCUUGCAUUUGCAUCGAUUUGCAAGUGUCUUGACUUCUGCGCAAGGAUAUUGGCUCAGCUCAAGAACAGAAGCUUUGUCAGUAGAGGAAUUUAUGACCAUAUCUGAGUUAGCUAUCCUUUUGUCUUCCUAUUUAAAAGAUUAUAUACAAAAUAAACAACCUGCAAUUGAACCAGCUUUUGUGGCGUCACUGUCUUUAAAAGUCAUUGUCAAUAUAAUUUCAUUAGGAAUAAAUAUUAUUCUUGGAGUUAAUAAUAUUAAGGAUAAGGAACCUAGUGCUGAUGUUUAUAAAGUAUUGAAACAGUUGAGUGCAGUUCAAGCAUACUCCUACGAAUUGCUUGCUGUGAUUCAUAGUAUUGAUGAUAAUAUUUGGAAAAAUUUAUGGAAAAUGCUUGCUGUGAAAUCAGUGAAGUUGGCUUCAGUUCUUGAAUAUAGAGGAUGCAUUAAACAUGCCAGUGAAUUUUAUGAACAGUUUUGGUGUGGAUUUUUUGCAUUAGAACCUUUAUUAGACAUUCAAGAAGGAAUUAUUACACCAGAGGAUUGUGUUUAUAAUGCUCUGAAGGGCCAUACUCAGUGUCUUAUUCAUCAAUCUAAAUAUGAAGAAGCAUUGAUUUCUAUAGGAAUCACGGUGUUACUUUCUCCAAAUUACUGUGCAGGACUUCAAAGGACAUGGGUUUCAACAAAACAGGCAUCUCUCUCAAAAAAAAAUAUUAAUUUACAGAAUUUCCUGAUAACCAAUAUCUUCAUAGAACAAAAACUUACAAUGGCAUUUCCCAAUGCUUUUGCGAAGCUUUGUGUUAAAAAUGACAGUGACACCUCAUUUCGCUUGUUAUAUUGGGAGUUGUCGUCAUACACCUUGAACAGGUCAGAGAUGCACGAUGCAAUUUGUAAUGUAGGAACUCAGCUAAUGGAUUCUCAGGUUGAUCCAGUUUGCUAUGUUGAAGGUAUUACACUUUUUUUGAGCAAUACAUGGAUGAAAUAUGAUGUAUUAGCAACACAGUUUUCUGUGGCAUAUGAAAAAGCAGUGAUGUUAGGACAGUUAAAACUGAAGAAAAUUUCCAAAAAUCAUAAAUGGUAUCUUUUAACCUUAUUGGGAAACCUUAAUUAUUAUUCCUUUUUUGCCCAAAUUACAGCAUUGCGGAAAAAGCUGCAGAAUGAUGUAGCAGAUAAGAAAGAUAUGUUUUGUAGUAAAGUGAACCGGAAUUUAAUGAAAGGGUUCAUUGAUCCUUCAGAAGCAGAAAUGAAAAGUAAUAUCUUUACCACAUAUUCAGACUUAAAUGUGGAAAAGGAACAGCAGAUUCUGGACAAACUUGUUCAAGCACUUGAAUCUUGGAGAAGUGUUACUAAAUGUGAAGAAAUGGAAAUUCAGCCUCUCCAAAAUAAAUAUGAUGAUCUUCUGAUAAAUGUUAAAACUACUGCACAAGCCUUUGCUCUUUAUGGAUAUCCUGUGUAUUCUCUGAGAGCUUGGGUGAUCUACUACAAACUUUGUAAACAUUCAGGACUUUGUGCAGCUUCUCUUUAUGGACUAAGUCAAUUACUGAAAUUCAGCUGUAACACAGAUGAUUUCAAGUUGUGGAAAGAAGCUGAUAAACUUGAAGAUCAAGUUCAAAAGAACAUUGACUCCAAAGGAAAAGAGAUGUUAUUUUCUUACUAUCUCACAAAAAGCAGAUGCUGCUUAUUGAAUAACGAAUAUGACAUUGGCUGGCAGUAUUUGCAGAAAGUGAAUGAAAGCUCCAAUUCCAGUUCAUUUGGACUACAGUUGAUUUUUGCCCAGAAAUAUCUUUUAGUCAGCAAGUACUACACACAUCAAGUUGACUUCAAAGAAUUGCCAGAAAAGUUUGAGGACAGUAAUGCUUUUGUGGCUACAAUCAAAGCAUUGAAAAUUCUCAAAACGUUAUAUACCAUCGGCAAAAUAGAGAGCCUUUUUGAGAAUUGCAGUCUUCAUUUAAUGAUGAUGGAGGCUGCAGAAUGGACAGCAAAUUUGUGCUUGGGAAUGAAAUUGUAUCGUGAUGGAUAUGCACAUCUAAAAACGUAUUUGACUUGUGCUCAAAUAUUGGGGCUUGCUUCUAGGUGCUCACUGCUUGUGUCCAAGCUUGCUCAGUUUGACCUAUUAUGCCAGGAACUUGAAAAUGCAGAAGUAAAAGUUUAUGGUUUGGAAGCAAUCCUUUGCCUGAGGAAAACAUGUCCUUCUAUUGAUAAGAUUGAAAAACAACCUUCUUGUGAAAAAUUGAAAGAAAUUUCAGACACAUUAUCUUUGGAUAGUGAAAUUGCAAGAAUGAAAUUAUUAGAUGUCCCUUCACCAGUUCCAACUAAUCUUAUGGGCUCUCCUGAGCUCGUGAAAUCCCCUUUUAAAAUGCCAUUUAUUUUGAGACAUAAGGGAAACUGUAAAUGUUUGUACUGUCAUAGCUUACUCCUGCAGACAUCGCUUGCAGAACUAGCUUUAAUAAAGGCACAACUUCAUGUUUUGAAGGGGGAAAAUAAUCUAGCCUUGUCAUAUUUCAAAGGUGGCAUGAAUCUUUGUGAAAGACUAAAAGACAUGCAGGAGAAAAUUGUUAAUAAUCUUAGCGUAACUAUUCUUGGAAAGGUUUCAAAUUCUUAUUUUUCCCUUUCUGAUCCCUUUCUUUCAGCCCAUUCUAAAUUAUCCUUGGCUUAUGGGGAGUUUUUGUUCUUGACUCGCCAUUAUGAGUUAGUUCAACAUAUGACUACCUAUUCUCUUGAAAGUUUGCUUCAGUCACAGGAGUGCAAUCUUCAUGUUGCUUUGGAUAUGAUUGAUAAGACUCAAGUGUUGUUUAAUGAGAUGAAUAAAACUCCAAAUGAUCAGCUAGAUACAGAUGAUGAGAAAGAAAAUCAGGCAUUGAAUGGAGACCCUGACUCUCUCUCUCCAAAAAUAAUGAAAACACCAAAAUCUUACAGAGACUGUUUGGUAAAUGCACCAGGAUUAAAUAGAAAUGAAGAUCAUUUGCAUCUUUCAAAAGCAUUGUCUCCUUCUGUGGUUUUAAAACUAGAUGCAAAGUUAAAAUCUGCUGAAACUGAAAAUGGACAAAAGAACCUCAGAAACAAAGGGAGGAAAAAAAUUGUAGCUUGCAUCAAUUUCAAUGAUUCCAGUGUUAAUGAUUGUAUCCUUGAAACGGUUGAAAAAGGAAACUCAUUUGAAAGUGGAUCAAAUUUAAAUUUCUCUCCUUCAUCAAAUCAGUUAUGUCCACAAAAAGAACAGGAAAUUGAAAUAAUUUCUGAAAGAAUAGAAAACAUUGCAAUUUGUACUUCCCAAGAUUCAGCUCACAAAACACAAAAUGCAGGAAGAGGAUCUUCAAAAACAUUCAGUAUUAAUUUUAGUGAAGAAAGAGAAACAAGUCACUCUACUCGAAACUUAAAAUCUAAACAUUCAAAAAAGCUAAAUCAUAUUUCAGAAUUAGAAAACAAUGAUUGUAAUUUGUUGCCAAAGACAAACAGAAAACAUUUUAAAUCUCCAUUAAUGGACACAAGUGAAAGAAAUGGCUCAUCUAAUACUGAAUUAUCACCAGUAACUUAUAAAUCUUUGAAGCCGGUGAACAACUCCAAAAUGAAGGGAGAAAGUACAAACGAAAUGUCAAAUGAUAAGGCAAAAGGUAAAACCAAACCAAAAGUGAUAAUUUACACAGAUUCAUCAGAUGCUGAAUUUGUGUCUCCAGACACUUCAGUUAUACCAUCUCAGAAUACCCUAAAGGAUUUAAAUUUACAGAGUGAAUGUGAAGUGACAUCUGAAAGGGAGGAAAAGAUGGUGACUCCAAGGAAAACCAGAUAUAGAUCAACUAAGGAAAAUUCUUUGAUGGGAGACAAUACUGCAAAAAAUACCCAGAAGUCUUCCCAAAAAAAGAUUUCAAAAGUAACCAAGAACAGUCGCAAAGUACCUGUAAUCACUCAGAAGUCUGAGUCAGAUAAUUCUCCAGAAGAUGUAUGUAUAAAAGUUCACAAUGGUAAUUGUUUGCCUCUUGAUGAAGAUGAGCUCACACGUUCUUCCUCACCUGAAUGCAUCUUUAUAUCUCCUGAAAGAAAACCGGCAUUAAGAAAAUAUGAAAGACGAAUAGCUGUUCCAUUAGAAACAGCUGAUAGUAAACACACUUCUGCCGAUGACAAAACUGUGACAUAUUCAUCAGUUAAAAAGGGAGUCACUCGAAAGAAAAGAAACCCUUAUGUACUCUGAUUUGUUGUGGACCUUGGUAUUGUAAUUUGUGUUUUAUGAAUGUUAGUUAUUCAUGUUCGUUGCAUCUGUUGUGUAAAGUUUACUGUUGAAUGUGUCAUCAUUAAUGAUGUUUGAAUGUCAUUUGAUGUUUUUCUUCCUUGUUGUACGUAUAUUCCUAUGAAUGUAAAAGCACAUGCUACAGUGUCUGGUAUUUUAGUGUUCCAUGAUGGGAUUUUGUUUUUGUUUCAUUUGGAAUUAUAUCUAUCCAUUUUGAAGUGAGACAAAAUGUGAUUCAAUCUAAAACCAAGAAAAUAACAUGGCCCUAUUUUCUUAAAAAAAUUAUGGGAGUAUGAUGUUUUUACUGUUUACCAUACUUAUGAAUAAAAAAAUAUGGGAAUUGUAUUAAUGUAAUAUUUUGUGUAAACCAAAGAAUAAAAAAAUAUUUUAGAAAUAA